UAUAUAUUUAUCAAUUGCGCGAAACAGAGAAACUAGGGUUUUUGGGGUGAGAUCAUAAGCACAACAGGAAGGAGACGGCGGCGUAGAGAAAGUAAGAAGAGGGGAAAAUGAAGACGAUACUGUCAUCAGAGACAAUGGACAUACCGGACGGCGUUAAGAUUAAGGUGAACGCCAAGAUUAUAGAGGUAGAGGGACCUCGAGGAAAGCUCACCCGCAAUUUCAAGCACCUAAACCUUGAUUUCCAACUUAUUAAGGAAGAGGAAACAGGGAAAAGGAAGCUGAAGAUAGAGGCGUGGUUUGGGUCAAGGAAGACCAGCGCAGCCAUAAGGACGGCACUGAGCCAUGUUGAGAAUCUAAUCACCGGUGUCACUAAGGGUUACCGCUACAAGAUGCGUUUUGUCUAUGCUCACUUCCCCAUCAACGCCUCUAUCACCAACUCCAACACUGCUAUUGAGAUCCGUAACUUUCUUGGCGAGAAGAAGGUCAGGAAAGUUGAUAUGUUGGAAGGAGUAACUGUUGUGCGAUCUGAGAAGGUUAAAGACGAGCUUGUUUUGGAUGGCAGUGACAUUGAAUUAGUGUCUCGCUCUGCUGCCCUGAUUAACCAGAAAUGCCAUGUCAAGAACAAAGAUAUCAGGAAAUUCCUUGACGGCAUCUACGUCAGCGAGAAAGGAACUAUUGUUGAAGAAGCUUAAGGAGACUAGAAUUAGGUUAUUUUUCUUGGUUGUGAGGAUGCGUUUUUGGUUAAUUUUCUGGAGAUAUUUUGUUAUAAAGUUUGGAUUUACUUAUUGGUCUUAGCUCAGUUGAAUUGACACACCUUAUGUUUUAAUUGUUUGACUGUUGGUGUGCCAUGGGAAGUUUAAAGAAAUUUUUUAGCCAUUUCAAGUUA